UCCUCCUGGGCUCAAGCGACCCACCGCCUUGGCCUCCCACGGUGCUGGGAUGACAGGCAUCAGCAGCAUUGAAGCCUGUGAGGUGGGGUCCCUGUGGCUGACUCUGCCCUCUGCUGUGACCACUGGCAGUGCAGGGGUCCUUGUGUGUGGAGGAAAUAAGGAGAUGAUCAAAGUAUGAUUCCACGAAUCACACGGUUUAUUGUCAAAGACAAUUUGUUCUCGGGUUCACAGUGCUCAGAGGGGAGGAGGUGAAGACACCUGGCAGGGAAGCAGGGCCUCCAUGGAUGGGGUGCAUUCACCGCAGGGAGGCGAGUGCCAGAAUGGCCAGAGUCCAGUUGCUCUGCUGGGAUGGAGCGGGCCCCUGGAAGGUGAGAUCUGGUUAGAGUUCGAGGUGUGCCUUAGUAGCAGUGGAGAGCAUGAGAGCGGGAGCUCUCUGAGAAGCUGGGACCGAGGACCAGCUCCCAGGCCAGCAGGGUAUAGCUUGCCUCAAAGCAUCUGCCCAGCCUUCAAGUUGAUUUGUAUUUUUGCAGUCCAGCAGUCAGGGUCAGUAACUCACAUAAGGGAGUGUCUGAUAAGGUUUAAGUGGCAUUCCCAAGGUUGCAGAGUUCACUUGAGUCCUCACAUAUGUGGUCUGAUAAAACAUCACACUUUCGCAGGGGGCUCAGGUCACCCCAAAACAUGAGACUAUGUGAGUGCUCUGAAUCACUUCAAAGCUACACAGCAGGUCCCAGGGCCCGAGGCAGAGGAGUGAGUCCACCUGGGAAGGCUCAGAGUAGCUCCAGGCAGUAACCACGGCAUUUCCAGGGUCUGAAUUUCCGGAGUCUGGCGUGUGAGCCUAACAGCUCUGGUGUGACCAUCCGUACUCACCUAGCAGCAUGUGACAUCAGCUGUCCCCCUGAAGUCAUUGCUCAGCUCGGGUGCUGCAGGAAGACACACAAUGUCUUGGACCAGCCCCUUGCCUGCUGUGGGCUGCUCCCUGUGUGUGGCCUUCACCCCGGUGUAGAGCGAUGGGCUAGUCACACCCUUGCCCCUCACAGCAGUGAGGGGACAGAGAGGCAUGUGCUGGGCUGUCUGUGGAGCUCCCGGGCCAGUGUCGGAUGUGGCAGGUGCUUGGUGUUAAAGGGAAAAUAUUCCAGGAUACUUGUGAAAGCACGUUAGGCAGACCAUGAUUUCAUUCAGAAACUUUGAGAGGUGUUGGAACCACCACAGCGGGGUCUUGGAGUGGGAGAGAGGCUGGGCUCAGCUCUGAACAGGCCAUGGGCUGGCGGCGGCUUAUAGCUCCAGAGCUGGGCGAGGGCAGAGGGUGGAAGGUUGCUAAGAGGAACCCCCAGGGGUGAAGGGGAUGCGGGUUAAACUGACCUGCCAGGAGAUCGGGCCGCCCUGGGGACAGUGGAAGAUGAGGAGCCUCAUCAGCUGUCAAGGGUGAUGGGACACGGGAGGAGGUCCUCGCUAAACCGACUUUGAGCCGGGCCUGUUAAACCAAGUUCUCACCAGGAUGUGCACAGAGGGCCCCAGAGGAGCCUCAGGAGCCGGACUGCCAUUGGCCAGGCAAGUCCCCAGGGAGACACUUAAGGGAAAUUAAACUGCAGAGUGCAAGAGAUGCCUCAGUCAAGUCAGCCAAAAACACGCGGGUCAUCCCCGAGCCCCAGAGAGUGACAGAGCCCGAUGACACGGACACCUCGGCUGCUGUCACUUCCCUGGUUCAGGCCUCCCACAGGCUUUGAAUUGAAGGCGAGUGCCUCAGAAUUUGCAUCCAUUGUUCUGUCUUUCCUGGGAAGUUAUUCAUCCUGGUGGCCAGCCCACCAACAAAAUGGAUUUGGAGCUACUGGACCUGAAUCCCAGAAUUAUUGCUGCAAUUAAGAAAGCCAAACUGAAAUCGGUAAAGGAGGUUUUACGCUUUUCUGGACCAGACUUGAAGAGACUGACCAACCUCUCCAGCCCCGAGGUCUGGCACUUGCUGAGAACGGCCUCCUUACACCUGCGGGGAAGCAGCAUCGUUACAGCACUGCAGCUGCACCAGCAGAAGCAGCGGUUCCCCGCGCAGCACCAGCGCCUGAGCCUCGGCUGCCCGGUGCUGGACGCGCUCCUCCGCGGCGGCCUGCCCCUGGACGGCAUCACUGAGCUGGCCGGACGCAGCUCGGCAGGGAAGACCCAGCUGGCGCUGCAGCUCUGCCUGGCUGUGCAGUUCCCGCGGCAGCACGGAGGCCUGGAGGCUGGAGCCGUCUACAUCUGCACGGAAGACGCCUUCCCGCACAAGCGCCUGCAGCAGCUCAUGGCCCAGCAGCCACGGCUGCGCACUGACGUUCCAGGAGAGCUGCUUCAGAAGCUCCGAUUUGGCAGCCAGAUCUUCAUCGAGCACGUGGCUGAUGUGGACACCUUGUUGGAGUGUGUGAAUAAGAAGGUCCCCGUACUGCUGUCUCGGGGCAUGGCUCGCCUGGUGAUCAUCGACUCGGUGGCAGCCCCAUUCCGCUGUGAAUUUGACAGCCAGGCCUCCGCCCCCAGGGCCAGGCGUCUGCAGUCCCUGGGGGCCGCGCUGCGUGAGCUGAGCAGUGCCUUCCAGAGCCCUGUGCUGUGCAUCAACCAGGUGACAGAGGCCAUGGAGGAGCAGGGCGCAGCACACGGGCCGCUGGGGUUCUGGGAUGAGCGUGUUUCCCCAGCCCUUGGCAUAACCUGGGCUAACCAGCUCCUGGUGAGACUGCUGGCUGACCGGCUCCGUGAGGAAGAGGCAGCCCUCGGCUGCCCAGCCCGGACCCUGCGGGUGCUCUCUGCCCCCCACCUGCCCCCCUCCUCCUGUUCCUACACGAUCAGUGCAGAAGGGGUGCGAGGGACACCUGGGACCCAGUCCCACUGACACGGUGGCGGCUGCACAACAGCCCUGCCUGAAAAGCCCUGACACACGGGGCUCCAGCCUUUAAAACGCUGUCUGCCUUGGCCGUGGUACAGCUGGGAGCCUGGUUCAGACACAGCUCUUCCAGGGCAGCAGCUCCACUUCCUCAUCCGAAGAUGGUGGCUACAGACUGACCCCCACCUGCGCUGGGGGGCUGUUCCGCCUCUCCCUAGGUUUGGGGACAGACCCCCUUGCUGGGUACCUGGUCCCCACUGCUGAGCUGGUCCUUGGGGACAGGAGAUUCUCAGGGCUGGAGCCUGGCGUGUCCUACAGUGACUCCCUGGGAGCCCCCUGCUUCUUCUCUCCACAUGGAAGCCCACCUGGGGUCGCAUCUGAGGCCUGCCCCCUAGGCUGGGGCCUCAGACCCCCUCAGCCUUGGGACCGUGCCCACGAGAGUCUCCCCUCCUGCACACAGGGCAGUCCUUACUCCCCCCCCCACUCAGGCCACAGCGGGGCUGCAGGCAGGCGGUUCCUCCUCACCCACCUCUGGGUCCUUGGCUCCCGGGAGCCCCACCCCGGCACACACUGUGCCCCACAAAACUUCAGUGUGGUACAAGGUGGAGAAAGCAUAUCCCACCGACCUCCAGUUUCAGGGUCCAGGAGAACCUGGGGGUGGGGGGGCUGCCUUGUCUCUAGUAGUGUGGCCUGUGCCACCACCACAGCCGGUCAGAGGAGCGCAGGCAGCGCAGGGCUGGCACAUGACAGGCUCGUCAGCCACCUGGGAACACAGUUCUGGGCAAAGAGGAUCCGAGGUUGAGAGGAAAGAGAGUCCUGGUGUAUCCUGGCCCUGGGGCUCUGGGCGCCCAGCUCAGCCCUGGCCUGGCUGCGUGGCACUCUGGUAGGGACAUGGCAGGACUCCUGGCAGGGCCACCUGCAGACCCAGUCCCACACUAUGGCCAGGCCUUACAUCUGGCCAGAAAGCAGAGCCUCCUGGGAACACAUCUGGCUGCAGAUGCUGAAAUACCCACCCAGCAGUCAAAGUGGCGUGGCCUCCCCAUGGGCAGAGUGGUGACCCCCUUGAUUCCCAUUGUACAACCCCCUCCACCCCCCCACCCAGUGCUUCCACGCGCUGCCUGGCACAGACCAGGCCUUUGACAAAUAAAUGUUCAAUGGAUGCAGUUCCAGGA